GACUUGAUCAACAAAUGUCGAAGAUAUGCUAUUACUAAAAUUAGAAUAACUUGUAGCACUUUUUGUUCUAAAUAAGUGUCUAGAAGAAAUUAAGCUUAUUCCAAGAGGAGGGAAGUAAAAAUGGAGAUUGAAGAGGGGCCAUGGGUGGGGUGGUAUUGAUUCACAGAAAAGCACCGAACCAGCGUUUAGCCCAUGUCCCUUUCACCGACAAUCCACACCGAGACCCCAAAACCCUAAACUUCACCGACACUGGGGCCUCGGUGUCAGCGAAGCGAUAUCAACUGGAGAACUGCGAUCGCUGUGUCGCAAUGAGGGCGUCUGUGCGGGCGAUCUCGAUGGAGCCUUGUGCCAAUCCGGGGAAGGAUCAAUCCUCGCGAGACGAUUGGCACAGACAUCAAUCAUAGAGACGAGAGCGGAAGGUCGUGAGCACGAGAUCAGGCGGACGCCACAACUGAACCCUCCUCCUCCUCCUCUCUCUUAAGAUCCUCAUGCGAAUUCCAUUCCUUUGUCAUGUUCCUACUUUCAUUUCUCCAAUCCUGGCUCUCCGCAUCGAUGAGCCUCAUUCCGUCCCGGUUGUCGCAUAUCAUGAUCUAACGGGUUUCGAUUUUGGUUGAGUUUCGGGUUCGCUCCUCCCCUAUUGAUGUUCGGCGUUUAGGUAGGAAUGAGAUCAAGGUCGUUUGAUUUUGAGAGGUGGCUAAUUCAAUUACAAUUUUGUGAUGAACCCGGUGUCGAUGGAGGUUUUGGGGAUUGGUGAUGAUCGUGUGGUGGGUCGUGAGCGGCUCUCGUAGAAUUCGCUCGGACUAGACGCACUAUUUGCGAAAUUAGGGUCUUCAUUUAUAGACUCGGAACCAUGGCAAGAUAAUUAUCCGCUGGAUUUUGUUGAAAUUUAUUGUCUCGCUUGUUGAAUGAUGUGUUCGGUUCCAUCUUCGGACGCAUCUUAAGGAGUAAUUCUUCAUCAAAUGGAGGUAAGCAAAAUUUGAUUGUUUUCAACUCAGAGCCAUAAUCACAUCAGUGUAUUGUCAAUUAAAUGGGGAUCGGUAAAGAUGCCCUCAGACGGCUAUGAUCAGUGAGUGCGAGUGCUCCUAAGAAUGUCAAAGACGUUGAUUGAUUCCAGACCACGAGGUAGAACAUAUGCUUGAGAGUUUGAAUUUACUGUAGACAAUUUGAAAUGGCCGGUAGAGAGGAUAACGAGCUCUGAGCUUCUGGAUGAUACUCUAAUGGGAGCAGUAGCAUCCACAAGCGAGGACAUUCAAAUGGUGGCUAUGGACGAGAGUGUGUGGAAAUCCCUGCCCGAGGAUUUGAUGGAGAGAGUUCUCGCAUGGCUUCCCAUCCACAGUCUGUUCAGGAUGCGGUGCGUGUGCAAGCAGUGGAAUUCUAUACUCUUCUCCGAACGCUUUGUAGCUCGGUACACUCAAGUCUCUCCCCAAAAGCCUUGGAUUAUCAUGUAUACAGCCGGGCGCGUCUCAUCGGCGUAUGACUCCUCGUUGAAGAAGUGGCACGACCUUGCGAUUCCCGCAAUGUCACCAGAGAAGUGUGUGUUGGCUGCCUCUGAAGGACUGCUUUGCUACGGGAACGAGUUCUUUCCGUGGCCCAAUCUCUUCGUGUGCAAUCCCAUGACUAAGUUUUGGCAGCACCUUCCACCUAUGCGUUUCAUUAAGACGAUCCACGUGGUUGGGAUGGUAAAUGAUAGAGCCUCAAAGUCAUAUAAAAUUCUCGUAGCCGGGUUGUUUUUUGACGAGGCGCACAAUGGAAGGCUAGCAACCGAGAUUUUCUGUUCGCAGACUAAUGCGUGGGCUGUAGGAGGCAAGCCAUGGCCGAUAAUGGCAGCGGCCUGGAAACUCGGAGCUGGCUAUGCAGUGUGGAGCAUGGGUUCGUUCUACUGUAUAACGUUUUCUCCAUUUGGUGUAAUUGCUUAUGAUAUAGAGAGGAACCUGUGGGAUGAAGUCCAUGUGAGGAUGCCUGCUUGUAUCGUGUCCCCUUCUCUGGUAGAGUGCCAAGGUCGGCUCCUGAUGGUGGGAGGGUGCGAAGAGGGCAAUUUUCUGGGCAUCAGAAUCUGGGAGCUUGAGAGAAUCAAGAUGGUGUGGGUAGAGAUUGAACGCAUGCCUCGCAAGCUACGGCGCGAAUUUGUAGAAAUGCUCCGUCCCUCUCGUCAUUUCUUUGGCUUUGGGAAUGGCAACAUAAUUUGUCUGACCAUCUCAGAGAGCUCCCCCGCCGCUGUAUUCGAUCUGGAAGAUCGCACCUGGAAGUGGCUGCCCGGGUGUCCCCGCCUUCCUGAUAUCAAUAAUUGGCAGUUGAGAGGCAUAAGCUUCGAGCCCCAACUCGAUUCAUUUAGCCAAAGCAGUUGGGGAAAGGAUAUUCCAUCAUCUAAAAACCCGACUCUGGACAAUUCCUCACCUGAAAGGAAGGCACCGACUUUGUUGUCUGACAUGACAGUGGGUGCUGACCAUUCCUAACAGAUACAAAGCUGAUCCUUUUCUAGCUAUUUCUAUAUUUAGAUUUGCAAUUUUGACAGUAAACCUUGAUUUCCAGAUAGAGAAUCUGAAGAGUGAAAAAGGUGUGAUGUUGUGAAUGAAAAGUAUAAAUAUUUCAGAAUAACUUGAAGAUUUCGAAUCACUAUAAAUAUUUUUAAUUUUGGAUAAAUAUGCACAUGUGCUCUUAUCAAAAUUUAAAAUGUACUGAUGUUAAUUCUAUCUAUAAUUUAAUAGUAUAUCGAAAAUUC